AUGUCUACAUCUAAGAAACGUCGGAAGUGCCAUAGCAAAUUCAAAAGUGACAGUGUCGACGAGGAAAAUUCGAGAUACGAAUGCAGUAUCUGUUAUAAAGAAGCAGUGAAUCCGGUUGUCCUUAGCUGUGGCCAUUUUUAUUGCUGGGAAUGUAUUGAUGAGUGGUUGAAUAAGUACACACGCAGUAAGAAACAAUGUCCCAUCUGCAAAAGGCGUGUACGAGACGGUGACGUUAUUCCGAUUUAUGGUAAAGGGAUAAUAAGCCGUUGUGAAAAUCCGAGACCCGCAGCACCUGCACAAAAUCGUGAAGAUGACAAAGACGAACCACAUUUGUCGGUUGAAGAUAGCAGUUGGACAAAUUUCUUCAAACUAGGCACUGUUUUUAUUGGCUUGAUUGUUGCAUUCAUUUUCGGCAGGCAGACAGCAAAAAGGUAA